CUUUGUGACCUACAUUUUAUUUCAAGUUGCAACAGUAGAGGGUGAAAGGGAAGUUGUGUGGCGCUUUGCUUUUCCUUUUCUUCCCCUUGUCUGAUGCUUGGAUUGAUUUUUCUGGAAGAUUCUCGUUAUCCUUCACCAUUAAAUAUUUUCUGGCAAAUUUUGUUUUGUUAAGUGGUGAGCAAUGUCGGAAGAACCACCCCCUCCAUACCCUGGAGGGCCAUCGGCUCCUCUGUUUGAAGAGAAAAUGAGACCAUCACCUUCAAUAGCAACCACGCAGCCUCAAGGAUAUUCAUUUCCACCAGAAAGUGGGCCACCUCCAUAUGAGCCAAUGGCACAACCUGGAUUUGUCUCUCCUCACACACCAGCAGACGGAAGCAUACCCAUGCCCCCACAAGGCUACUUUUCACCAACUCAUCUUCCAGCCGGUCAAUAUCCACCACCUGGGCAUUUCCCAUCACUUGGGCAGUUCCCUCCACCUGGGCAGUUCCCUCCACCUGGCCAGUUCCCUCCACCUGGCCAGUUCCCUCCACCUGGCCAGUUCCCAUCCCCAGGUCAUUAUGCACCUUCAUCUGCAGCCUACUACCCUCCUCACAGCGGACAAACAGCUACUGUCCUAGUUCCUCCAGGAGCAGCAACAACACUUACUGUAAUGCAGGGAGAGACAUUCCAAGCCACACCGGUCCAGACCGUGUGCCCUCAUUGCCAACAGCCCAUCAUCACCAGGAUCACCUAUCAAAUAGGUCUACUGAAUGCCCUGGUAUGCCUCUUCUGCUGCUUUGUGGGUUGUGAUUUGGGCUGCUGUUUGAUCCCCUGCUUGAUGGACGACUUGACGGAUGUGAAACACACUUGUCCAUACUGUAAAGCUUUCAUAUACACGUACAAGCGUUUGUGCUAACAGUGCCACACCAAUUAUGGCUCUGCGUAAGGAGUAUUUGGAUAAGCUUAAUGUGAUCACUUCAUGUUCAUUUAUUUCACUUUAUGCACUGCAGUCAUGUUAUAUAGUUGUGAUACAUUGUAAUGUGCUGUAAAUAUAAGCAACUGUGAAUGCCUUACUUGCAGAACCACAACUGAUUUUCUGUGUUGCAGAAUUUAAUAACCUGUUGAUUAAUUCAAUCACCUAAUGGAACAGUUACUUACAUACAGCAAUCCAACUAUAGUACUAUACAUUAUUAGCAGAAUUGAAUCAACAGAAUGUACUCUUGUACUUAGUUAUAAACAUCCCAGGACACUGGAUCCUGUUCAGAUUUAUCUUUGAAAUGAUAUUCUGUUUGGCAUCCUGAGCUACUUGUAGGUAUUCAAUUACAGUAUUGAAUACUGUUUGUGAAGUAGAGAUAGAUAACUGGCUUUAGGAUAUUAUCCACCAUAUGCCUUUGGCCCAAAAACUGUAGUAAUAUUUUUGUAAUGUAUCCUGUUUAUUUUCCAAAGCAUAUAGUAGAAUUGAAUACCAAAAUAUUACCAUACUCUAUAUAGAAAAUUGAUGAGUGUGAGCGUACACAUUAAAUACAGGGAAAGUUAGUAUUGCUGUUGUGUGUCCCCGUUACUUCUUAAUGGGAACACACAGGGAUGUUUUGUAAUCAAAUUGAAUUUAAAUUUCUGUAAUUUUAAAACUUUUGUCUUAUUGCAGUGUUGAUGAAUCUGUUUAUACAUCUGUCCUAAUGCACAGAUCAAUGAUUGACUUUUUGAAUUGAUGAAACUAUUGUAGAUUACUCAGAAAGAGGUAUCUGGAAUGUAUUAAGGGAUGCUUCCGAACACGAGCAUUUUAUUUUGACAAAAGGUAAAGCUGACCGUUCAAUCAAGAAUGUGCUAUAACCAGUUGUUUAAUACACAUUGAUUAAUUUCUCUCCUUUAUUAAUUUCUGAAUUAUCAAUGAGGUUUUUUUAAAAAGAACAGAUAUGAGAAAUGCUGUAAUUAUCAUGAAGGUUAGCACAAAAGUAAGUUACUCAAAAUCCUUUUAGCAUAUAAUAUUUUUGCAGCAGUAACAAAAAAGAAUGUGUGGCACUUAAAAGUCUCGCAUUGACCUUGUUUAGAUUUUGUGUGGUCAAACUGUUUCUGAUGAAAUACUGUAAAAAAAGAUUUUUUUUCUUUUUAUAGUGAGCACAAACAACAAAAUUUACGUUUGUAUAGCGCCUUUCACGUCCAAAGGCUCUGGACAGUCAGAGUUUCGGACCUGAGCUGGAGGUCGGGAUCGGGGAUAAUCCCUUAAUAUAAGCUUAAUAUAUUAAUAUGAAAUAUUAAUAUAAUAUAAAUGUACCGUAAUCUCUUGAUAUGUGCUUAAUAGUAAUGCUUUUGGGAAUAUUGUAAUGGUAUGGAAAUCUUACUUGGAUGUAUAUUGAGUGUAAAUGUAAAAGAAAUGCCUGUGACAGCUUGUGCAAUUUUUUACAGCAUGCAACUGUUACCUUGGCUUGGAAUUCACGCAAGGGGUGUGUAAGUCCCACUUUGCAGCACGUUUUUCCUGUUUUCAAUAUGAAAUCUGCAAGAAUUGUUAAAACUCUUAAAAUUGUUAAAACUACUUUCUCAAAAUGAAGGAAUGCAAUUCACCUUCAGUUAUGUUCAAUAAGCAAAAGAACUUUAAAGUAUUUGGGUGGAUCUGACAGAAGGAUAUGCCCAUGUGCCCCAAAGUGAAGGAUUUGUAUUACUUGUGUCAUGUUUUAAUGUAAUUAUUUAUUGUGUUUGUACGAGAAAGGAAACCAGUGUUAUUUAGGUUUGGCGGUCUUCGAUGGUUAGGAAAUGUGUUAUCUGGGUUAUUUCUUUUUCGUUCAAGCCAUUUUUGGUAGGUAAGAAAGUCGAAACUGCAGUGAUUCUUACUGUGAUGAUAAAAGCAACAGGAAAACUUAGUAAUUGAUGUUCUGCUAAGCAUGGUAACUGGAAAGCAGAAGUGAUUGGGCGUUGCCUGUGCAAUGGAGAACUAAAAGUCUCAAAUUGUCCUACUAAACCGGGUACAUUUACUUUUUUGAAUAUUGUGUUCACUUGACAUGUCUAAAUAUCCACUUGUGGUUUUGUUAAUUGAUGCCCUGUUUUGCGAUGCAUUGUGAAGGGUAGUAUGGAUUCUAAUUUUAGCUGCGUAAGGGACCAAGUUACAAGUUGAAUUGUUCAUUUGCUAUAUGCAACCUUCACAUGCAAGCACCUUUAGUAAAACGGAGCAAUGAAAAGAUUGGAAGAGAGGAUGCAUCACAUUUUCUAAGUAUAAUGGUUUCCGUUCCACCAACCGAUUGUAAUUUUUUUAAUGUGGAUUUGAGAGAUCACCAAUAAAGAUUGUUGCUCGUAAUGGAAAAAAAAUUAUUUAGCCAAGAAUCAUUCUGACCCGAGUUGCAGCUGGUAGGUCAAGGGGGGGGGGGGGGGACUUUGUGUUUAACCUAAGGAAUUCAAGUUGAAGAUUACACUUUAAGCACUUUUAAAAUUGUGAUUAUGUUCGAAUUGUUAUUUUUAAUACCAAUGGGUCAAAAUCACAAUUAAAAAUGUCAUGCACACAAGAAUGCUCACGUUUUGCACUGUAACGUUUUAUGUUAAAUGUCUGCCUGUUUCCCUCUCAAUUUGAAUGACUAUAUUCUCUAUUCAGAAUGAUUUACAAGACCUUCUUUAUCACUAUUUUUCAUGAGAAGAGGAAGUGAGAGGGAGUCUUAGCAUUACUCAUAAUCCUAUUGUGGUAAAUGAAGGCUGCCAAACCUAAAUCUGUAUCAUUUUAAAGACAUUUUUGUUGGAAAGAUAUUCCAUAUACCACAAUGGUUGUUACUUUGACAGAAUCAUUAAAAAAAAUAACAUUUCUGUACACAAUUAUUGAGGUCAGAAUGAAUAGCUCGAGUCAGUUUGUGUGCAAGCUAAUGGGGUAUUUCCUGCAAUCUCAUCUAAUAUGUAUAAAGUGUACUACACUUCCUGCUUCUAGAUCAAUAAAUGCUGAUGGCACUAUUAUUCGUCAA